AUGGAUGACCAGAUUGUCUUAGAUGCGCCAGGGCAGCCUGUCAUGGAGGAACGCAAGCGCAAGGCGUCCAUCGACCUCGCACCCUCGAGCCCCAGACCCCGACUGCCAAAGAGUACCGACACCUCCAGCGCCGACACCGACACAGAUGCUCAGACCUGCCCAACUGCGACUCCGCCUCUAGCCCCUCGCGUUCCGCGCGACGCAAAUGCGUGGCACAACACACAAGCCGGAAUGGCGCACGUUGCAGGCUAUCGCAGAUUCAUGGCGUUCAUCGACGACCUCAAAGGUGAACGUGGCGAUGAUUCUUCCGCCACCGGGACGAGUGACAGCAAUAGCGCCGCUGCUGCAGCUUCGACAGCUCAGACGACCCCAGAAGCCGCAACACCAGCUACUCCUCCAGCAACCAAGUACGCCGAUACGUUCUCCGACUCGGAGUGCGAUUCCCCCGACGCCGCCAACUGGUCCGAGGCAGAGUUCUCCGCGUCCGACGAAGAUGAUGGUGAGGACACCACGUUCUGGCAGAGUGAGAUCAGUAGGCUCCAAACCCGUCUUCAGGCAGCUGAGGCUGAAACAAGAACGCUGGAAGAACAGAACGCAGAGCUCACCGCCAGAGCCCAGCAGGCCGAGCGCAGGACCGAGCUGGCGGAGGAGAAAGCGAGGGAGCUGGGGCGGCGCUGUGACGAACUGAGAGUAGAGAUUUAUGACCAGAAGACCAAGGUCGAGGCUCUUGCAGCUGAGUUUGGGGAGGAGCGCAGUGCGAGGGCUUCAAGGGUUCAAUUUGCUCCAACUACCCAUGUGCGGCUGUUCAACCGAUAUGAAGAGACAUGGAGAUGGCGGAAGCGGAUGGAGGGCGCAGGUCGCGCAGAUCCGCUACAUACGAAGGACGGUCACACUGUGCCUGCGCUUUCUUCACUCGCCACUCUCUAUUCCUCCAGACCUGCGGUAGCUCCUCAGCAUCACAGGAAACCGUUACAGGGCUCUCUCCACCGACCCCGGCCCUCCCAGAACAACCUCCGCCGCCCGCAUAUUUCCUCUACCGAGAUGGAGUACCUCAAGUUCUUCAAGCGCCGCACGGUCAUGGAAGACGACGACGAGCACAAGCGCAAGGCCCCGCGCUUGCGGUAUUGGCAAAGCGACCUAACGAAUGGGAGCCGAGCGGAACGCCAAUCUGAGUUAUCAGACCCCCACUGCCCUAACCUUCUCCGCAACGUAUACUCCCAGCCCGAUCCCUCGUCGCCUGGCACUUUACGGGGCCCCGUGGCUCAGGACCAGACCGCUGCAGCCGACAUGACGAGCCUGCAAUCCGUGAUCGAGGCCCUUCGCACCCAGCUGCGCGCCUCAGACGUCCACGCCCGCACGUACCGAGAGGCAAACGUGACCCUAGCCCGCCGGGCGCUGAGGGCGGAGCGCAGGAUUGUGGAGGUGGAGCGCGAGGCUACCAGUGCCACAAAGCGGGCCGAGGAAGCAGAGCAAGAGCUCGAUCGGCAGAGGAAGCUCGUCGCCGACUGGACCAAGCGAGCUGAGGAGGCGGACAAGGCCGCACAGGAAGCCAGAGCCAAGGCGGAGCGUGCAGUCGCGGACGCAGACAAGAGGGCGUUGACGGCGGAGACCGACGCCGCUGCACGCGUCCAGGCCGCCAACGCCGCAUUGCUCCGCGCCGUGGCUGAGGCCGAUAACAAGACUACCGAGGCGGAGAACAGGGUGGCAAGGGCUGAGGCGGCCAAGACUGAGGCUGAGCGCCGAGCCACUGAGGCCGAGUGUCGGGCUGCUGAGGCUGAGGAGCGCGCAGAGAAGGCUGAGAAGCUUGUCGACGCUUACAAGCUCGUGCUGGAUGAUAGAGAGCGGAUUCCUCCACAGCAGCGCAAGACGCAAGCACCAGCUGGCGAGGCGCCUCAGCCUGACGCUCGUGACCAUCCCGCAAAUGCCAACGAAGUCAAACCUGUUAUCGAGUGA